AUGAGUUCCUCUAAGAUAACCAUUGCAAAGGCUCUUGCCCCUACUACAAGGCCAUCCACUAAUACCAAACCUCCAACCACAGGGACCAAAUUGCCAUCUCUGCAAGGAUCAUUUGCAAGAAGGUCUGCUUCGGAGAAGAGGGGAGAUAACGUCUCAGAUGUUAAUGAGAACUCCAAUGAUCGUGUGGAUGGCUGGUCUCCUCCGGUAGCGGGCAUGCUGAAGGUCAACAUAGAUGCAGGGUGGUCCGGGGGACGUGGACAAGGAGCAGGGAUGGUUGCCCGUGAUCAUCAUGGUGAGUGCAUGUAUGCUGCUACUGAAUACUUUACAGCUCGGGUAGAGGCAACUAUGGCAGAGGCCAAGGCUCUUCGGUGGACUUUAUUGAGGUUGCAAGAGCCGGGUAUUGAUGCACUUGUAAUCGAAAUGGAUUCCCAGCUAGUGGUGUUGUGUUUCAUGCAGCAGAAAGUGAAUGAGUUUAUUGAGCCAAGUUUGCAAGAUUGCAGAGCCAUUGCUUCUCUUUUUCAUUCCUUUGAUCUGGUUCAUGUUAAAAGGACCGGGAAUAAAGUAGCUCAUUUGUUAGCUUCCUUAGCAUUUGACUUUCCAAAUGUAUGUUGGUGGGAUAAUUUUCCUUCCCAACUUAGUUCUGCGAUUCUAGAGGAUGUAUUCUCUAUUAUUAUCUAA